CUACGCUUCCGCACGCGGGCUCCGCACCUGUCGCAUCCCCAGACGUUCCCUUUCUCAACCCACACCUGCCAUCCCCGGACGCUCCUGUUUUUGCUCUCUCACUCUCUCUCUCUACACCAGAAAACAAACCGCCUCCCGUUUGUACAAGAAGAAGAUUGGAGCUGGACUUCUUCUCCUCACUCGGCCUAAUACAUUCGGAUCCAAAGCACAGCAGACAACAUGGUUGCGGACGCUCUGGUUUACCACCCGACGGUGUCGCAUUACCUCAAGUUUGUCGCGUCAACUGUCGGGCGCGACAAGGUGCUGCGAACGCUGCAGUACUUCUCUCGAUUCCUAGCAUGGUACCUGUACCGCACCAACCGCCCAGCAUCGACUAUCGCGCCGUUCGAUGCGACCAAGAAGACGUUUGGCCAGACGCGCAAGCUCAUGCGCGUGGGCAAGUUUGUCGAGCACUUCAAGGCUGCGGCUAUAGCUACUGAUUCCAAGAGCAUGGAUCCCGUGCUGAGGUUUACCGCUAUUGGAAGGCAGUUGGGAUAUGCGUUUUAUAUGCUGUGUGAUAACGCUUGCGUGCUCGACGCAACCGCCAUCCGCAAGUCUUCUUACGCCCCGCGUCUCUUGCGCGAAGGCUACCGUGCCUGGUUCGCGGGUAUCUCGUGCUCGAUUGCCUCGGGCCUGUACUCGUACUACAACUUGCUCCAGCGCUCAAAGGCCAUUACCCAGUCUUCCGACCCGGAGAAGGUCGUUGAGACGAAGAAGUUGCAGGUCGAGCUUAAUGCUGUCAAGGUCCAGCUCAUUAGCGACUUGUGCGAUAUCACUAUCCCCAGUUCGGCGCUUGGCUGGGUCGAUCUUGAUGAUGGUAUUGUGGGAUUGGCCGGAACGACGAGUUCGCUUUUGGGUGUCUGGGCACAGUGGAAGAAGACUGCGUGAGUUGGGUUCGUGUGAGAGGGUUUGUAAGAUGUUGAAGUAAGAAGAGGGGAAUACAGGGGAUUAGGAGGAAAUGUGGAUUUAAUUUGCCUCUGUUGCUUUUUUUUAAACUGGCUUGUGAUUUUAACAUGUGUCUCAAACUGCGUUUAUGUGUCUAUUUUCGAAUAUUCCAUACCAUGUUCCUUGGCUUUCCCGUCGUUCUGGUUCUGGGAGUUAUCUCCACAACUAGAGCCUUGUGACACGAGCUACGCAUGUGCCACAUUUCUGCCC